AUGAACGGAGCUUCCUGCUCCCACCGCUCUGAGUGCUUCAGCCUCUGCUGCCGCAUGGACCUGGACCACGGAGGCGCCUUCUGUGCCCCCAGGACCAGAAUAAACAUGGCCUGCUUGCCCCAGACCAAGGGAGCCACCAACAUCCUAUGCCCCUGCCAGUUGGGCCUGAAUUGCGUACCCAGGGACCCGGGCUGUCCCCACCGGUGCCAUUUAAUUUAGAGGAGGGUCACUGCCAUCCUCCUUCCCUCCCUUGGGGCCAGAGGCCUUGGAGUCCCCGUC